GUGCAUAUGCCUGCCUGCCUGCCUGCCUUCGCCUGACUGCCAGGAGAUAACCAUGGAUUCAUCUGCUGACCGCGAUGAGGAAAACAACCCGCAGCUGCAGGCGAUCAGCCUGCCGGAAGAGUGUCUCAACAUCGUCAUUCUGUGCACCGCCUUUAUUUACAAGGCCAUGAAUGCCCUUGGAACGCUUGCGACUAUCUGGGCGACCGUAGUCCUGCUCGGUGGAUUCUCCACCCUUGUCAAGGAGCAGGACUUUUGGUAUGUCACCGUCAUCGCCUUCGUCCAAUCGAUCGGGAUUCUGGGAGGCUACGAAGAUCCGGGGCAUCAGAUUUUCAUGCGCGCACCACAAGCACUGAAUAAGGGCAGCAAGACCGCAGAUCGCGAGCGGCAACGUAGCUGGUGGAGGCGGAGAAAGACCCAACCUCAGCUUCACCAAGACGGAGGCAUAAUAAGAAGAAGGUUAAGUACUAUGAGGAUGAGCAAGCAAGAACGACUCAAAAGGAAGCAAGAGGAGGACAGGUGGAGGUUGAACAUGUUGUACGAGUGUCAGACAUUAUUCGGGAUGGCCAUCUAUGUCGUCCUGCGGCUGUGCCAAGUCGCGGCCGUGACCAUCUGCAUGGUCUUGUCCUUGAAGCGUCUCCGGAAGCAAGACUACGUGGAACCCCAGCAGCUUCAGCAAGGCGACCACCGGAACAUCAGCCAGUCCCUCAACAUUUUCUACGGCCUGGUUGUUGCCCAGGGGAUCAUCUUCAUCUGCAUGCUGCUCAACGUGCUGGUGUUUGGCCUCAAGAUGGUGGCCCUGAAGCAGUACAGGCUAUUUGGGCCCUCGGGCCACCGGAUCCUCAACCGUUACGAGAAGGAGAACUACCUGGAGUUCAUCACCGGGAAUGUUCGCGCCACCCUCAACACGGACCUGAUCACCUUUGCCAACAACCUGGCGGUUUCCAACUCGGUGGAUGACCAGCUAGAUGGCGUUCGGGCCAUGGACCGCAUCCUCAGGGCAGUCAGGUACAGAAACCUGACCCUUCUGAGGCUUCGAGCUUCCCUCGAUGAUGACACUUUGAAGAAGCUGGUCAGCAUGUUGGGCUUCGUCAGGACCACAGAGGAGCAAGAUAUCAGAGGCCACGCUGCAAGAGUAGUGCUGAAACUCACCCCAGACCUUCUGGUGCAGAAGUUCCCUGAAGUCCUCUAUCUCAUAUCUUCUUCCUUGCUCACCAGCACAUCAUCUAACAAGAUGGAUGCCGACCUACUCUGGUUCGGUCUCCGGAUUCUCGACAAGCUCACGGACAACCCGGAAAACUGUAGGCAGGCAAGAGGCGACGAUGGUGACCUACUACUGCUGAAGAUUAUAGGCCUCAUCACCAACCUUUGCGGUCAUGGCGGCACGAGCAACACAAUUUCCAACUCUUGGAUUGAACAAGAGAUUAUUCCUAUACUUGAGAAAGAAGACGACUUUCCUCCUCAUUUCCUACAGAAGAUUGACCAUGAGAUUAUUCUUGGCAUGUCACUCAAUAUCUUGAGCAAGCUGCUGGCCGCUUCACCGGUUACUGGUGCUGCGGUAUUUAUGAGGGAAAGCUCAUCACAAGAUUUUCACUUCCUGACCAACUCUGGGAUGAUCUGGAAUCAUUUCGAAGCAACAAGAGUGAUAUCGUGCUUAGCAGUGCAUGAGGCAGCUAGGGAAGAAGUUGGCAAGUUGCCUGACAUCAUUAAGAAUCUGAAGGACUGUCUACUUUCCAAGGCUUCAUACCUGAAUCUCAGUAAAGUGGCUGCAAAGUUGUUGCUUCUGGAGUACACCGCCAGCGACCACCUGGACCAGCUUAAGCUGUUCAUUCACGAAAAUAAUAUCUUACUACAUGAUCAAAGCUUUUCAUUACCAGUGUCAGCCUUCAUACAAGAACUUCAUAUGCAUGAACAUUCGACAACGAUGCAAGGCGUGGUACAAGGCCUUGAUCUGGAAGAUGUACUUUCAGCGUCACCGGUGAAUCACUCGGAAGAAGCUGCUAAAGCAUUAAUUCUGCUGACUACAGAGUGCGAAAACAAUGUCGAAGCUUUCCUACAAGAAAUCAGUCCACAAGAGUUAGAGAAGAUAGUGAAGGUGCUUUCUUCUUCUGAAGGAGAGAAAGAUAAGAGAAAGAUGAUGGCCUACUUUGAAGGACGUAAUCUAGACAAGGAAACAUUGUGCAUCAUCAGACAAAUAAUCUGUGCAGAGGGUGAAGAACCCAAAAGAAGUAUGCAUGCAAAACUCCUGCAGAAUUUGCGUGCCUAUUCUGGAACAAAAAAUUUUAAUCAGCACAUGCAAGUAAUUGACCAAGCGCUGCCAAUGGUUGUCAAAGCAAUCUCCGAUGAAGUGUUGAGAUUGGAGGAUCAAUCAUCUACUAAUGAAAAUCUUUCCCAUGAAAAUAACCUGUGGGUUAAAGAAGGCAAAGUAAUAGAGAGCUUUAUGGGACUCGCGGUGCAGAUUUGUUUUUCCCAGAAUGCAAUUGAUUUUGCCACAACACUGGAUGAUGCCAAUGUUGCUGCAGACACAUUGGUCAAGAGGCUGAAAAAGAUAUUGGAACUGUACAAGUGCCCAACUAUUGAUUUUCCACGCAUAAGGAGAUCCACACUUGAACUACUGACUUGGAUAGUAGAAUACAACAGCAAGAACAUAGAAAUACUCCUGCAGUGUGGUGUGUAUGAGCAACUGAAUGAAGUGGCAAAGACUGCCAGAAAACUUGAGAGCUUCAAGUUGUUUCAUAGUGGUGUCGGAGUUCCUACUAAGCCUAGUAUCUCAUGCAUCUCUUCCCUUGCAACUGAAUUACGGCAACAGCUUCAAUGCAGCCCCAGUUUCAAAGAAAGAUCCUGCUGCUAUAGAGAACGUUCAAGGACCAUAUCAGUUUUAAUUGAUUAAAGUCACACCCUUGGAUUGUUUUCUGUCAUGAACAUCAUCAUCCUCUUCACUUAUGCCACAAUGUAAUUUCGAGUCUGCGAGGUUGUAUUUUUGUUUGGAUUGUCUAUUUGAAUGGUUGUGCUUUUAAAGCGAGAGUCAGGGUUGUUAAAAUAAUUGCCGUGGGUACCAUAACCACGGUACGGUAUACUACAAGGUUGCGCAAGUGUGUCAUGCAUAUGCGGUGCUUGUAUAAGUUUUGUUUGUACCACAUCUAUCAGGUGUCCAAAAUACUUCAGUAAGUAUGGUGUUAUAUUGCAUAAAAAGCAUGAUAUUGAACAACUA